AUGUCCACAGUGACUGUUUCAAAUUCUGCCGAGGUCAUCGCUGUACUGUCUGAAAGUGACCAGUCAUUACUGGAGCAACAGAAGCCGGAGACCAAUGCCGCUGCCGUGUACAAGGAACCCGAUAGGCAUCUGCCUUUGAAGCUGAAGCCGAUGGACGAAAAGGAAAUCUCCCGUUUCGCGAAGGAUGUGGUUUGGGAACAGUCAAAGGCCGGUAAAAGGAUAAAGCUACCAUUUAACAUGUGGAAGGUCAGCAUGCAGAAAUGUCAGGUGACGUAUGACGAUUACACAAAACUUGAUCCUGACCGCCGGGAUAUCGUUACGGCUCACUGGAUCUCGGUGCGAAAUCAUCAGUUGACUUAUAAUGACCCCAAAACGAAGUAUUUGGUGAUGAAUGUCACUCAGCACUUGCUCAGAGGCAAAUGUUGCGGUAACAACUGCCGGCACUGUCCUUUUAACCACGAAAAUGUACCUGAGCAUCUGCGAAAUCAGAAAAAGUGGAACGGCGCUUUUUACGAAGACGUCAAUAAUUUAUAUUAG